AUGGAAUCGCUCGGCGGCUUCGCAACAACGCCCAUCUCGACUCCAUCCCGGACCUCGACGCCCACUCCCGCCCAACCUGAGCCAGAGUCACCUACGCGGCAGGCGUUGACGGCGGCGCAGGGACUGGAGAAGGAGGUUGCGAGCGUGAUGGCGGGGUUCGGGAGCUUCUGGGGGCGGGUGAAGAAGCAGGGCACCGCCGCGCUCCAGACCGCCGAGAAGCAAUACGAAGCCGCCCGCGCCGACUUUACUCCGCUCCUCACCCAAGCCCGCUCGCAACUCGACCACCUCUCUGAACAGACGCGCGCAGAGCUGCAGCGUCUCUCGGAGGUGCCGGCGCCGACGGGCGGUUCUGGGGUGGUGAUUGGUGCGGAUGGCGUCCCGGUUAUCUUGGAUGAGGUUCCUGCCGCGCAGAGCAAGGUCGACAAGGGCAAGGGCGUCGAUCGGGAGGGUGAAGGUGAGGCUGAUACAACCGAGGGCGACGCACAGCACCAGCAGACUCCCGCAGCCGCCGCCUCCGCCUGGAUGGCCAAAUUCGGUUCCUCGCUCGCCUCGAACCCAAACGUCAAAGACCUCUCGCGCAACCUCUCGUCGCUCCAGUCCAACCUCUCGACCAACUUGCACCAAAUCCAGUCGCAGCUCUCGCACAUCGACCUCGCCGAGGGUCAGAAAGUUGCGGAGGGGUACUUGCACAAAGGCGAGGCGUGGUUUCAGGAGUUUUCGGCCGAGGUCGGGAAGUUGGCAAAGGAUGCGGUCAAGGUCGUGCCGCCUACGACGGCGGGUGGCGCGGGUGCAGCGGCGACGGGACGGACGUCGCUUGAGGGCGCGGCGAUGAACCGCCGCGACUUGCUGCUGUACAAGCUGCGCACCGACCCCGCCGUCUUCGUCCUCGACCCCGCCCAACCUCCUGCGGACUCGACAACCCCCGACCUCCGCGAACCCUUCGCCUCGUACCUCUCCGCCCUCGCCUCAUCAGGCGGCUUCGACUCGCCCUCUUUCCGCUCGCAAGUCGGUGCCGAACUGCAAGAAGCCGGCGAGCCUUUGCGCAAGACGCUCGACGAGGUCGUGCCUGCCCAGUUGAGCGAGGAGGCAUUCUGGACGAGGUAUUUCUUUAGGAAGGCGAGGAUUGAGGAGGAGGAGGAGAGGAGGAAGAAGGUGUUGCAGGUUGCCGAGCAGAGCGAAGACGACUUCAGCUGGGACAUGGAUGACGAAGAGACCGCCUCGUCCGCCGCCUCUCCUCGCCUUCCAUCAAACAGCCCCGCUCCCGUCGCCGCUCAACCCGCCUCUCUCACCGCCGUCGCUGCAACCUCCUCUGCGACGCCCGAAACCGCCGCUCCCGUCGCUUCGACCGGUCAGACUCCAGCCGUACACGACUCCCCAGCCGUUGCGGAGCCCAGCCCGCGCGCGAGUAGCGACGGGACAAGUAGCUACGAUAUGGUUAGUGCGAAGAGUGGGAAUCCGAGUGGGGAUGAGGCGGCGAAGGAGGCUGCGGCGGUCAAGAAGGAGGAGGAGGAGGACGAGGAUAGCGAUUGGGAGUAA